AGCAAAAUAGUUUAAGCCUUUAUAAGCCCAAUGAUAUUUGUUUAAAUGGAAAGACCGCUCUUUAUAAUCGUGAUAAAAUGAAAGAAAGAAGAAGACAUAUUCAAGAAGCAGGAAUGCGCCCGCUUAUGGUUUGGGAAUGUACUAUUAGGAAAAAGUUGGAAGAAAAUGAAGAUAUGGCCUUUUUCUUCAAUGAAUUGCCAGAUAUUGGUCCACUUUUUCCGAGAGACGCAUUUCAUGUAAAUAUUAAUUUAAAACUAUUAAUUUACAAUUAUAUAGGGUGGAAGAACGGGUCCUCAAAGUUUAAAAUGUGAUCUGGAAGAAUCGGGACAAUCGAAUGAAUAUGAAAUUACCUGUUACGAUGUUGUUAGCCUAUAUCCAGCAGUGAAUUUCUAUGGAUAUUAUCCAAUCGGUAAAUAAUUUUUAGUAACAAAAAACAAAUGAUUAGGUCACCCUGAGGUGAUUCAACUCAAUAAAGCUGUCGAUUGGAGACGUGCAGAUCAAUUGUUUCCGUAUCGUGGAAUUUUUAAAUUGUUUAUUAUUCCUCCUGAUGAUCUGUACCUUCCUGUUAUUCCUGAAAGAAUUAAUGGGAAAUUGGUUAGUUUUAAAACUUUUUUUGACACAAAAAUUAGGUUUUCCAUCUAUGCCAUCA